AAUUUAUGUUUAUUAAUAUUUGACAGCUCCCGGGAUAUUUAUUCUACACCUUGGAAAAUUGAUUCGGAAAUGGAAGGAUAUCCACAAAAAAAAUUAAAAACUGAAGGUGAUUUGGAAGUAACUGGAAUAUCGCGAAGUGGACGAGUUCGAAAGAAAUCAUCAAAAUUGGUGGAUUUCGAGUCACCAGAUGAUUUAGAUAAUCGAUAUAAAAGACAUAUUCCUACAACUCCUCAACGCAAAUUUCCAGAAAUGUCACCAGACAGUUCCCUUUUACAUCAAUCUACACCAGUACGAAAACCUGUUGCACCUCCAAAUUAUCAAGCGCAAGGUGCAGUAGAACAAGACGAUUUAAUACGGAAUGAAUCAUAUGAAUAUGAAGAAUAUGAAGAAGAUCCAGAUUAUGACAAUGAUUAUUAUGGGGAACCAAAUGAGGCUUCAAGCAUCGAAAGCGAUUCGGGAAGUGAUGGCGAUGAAGCAAGUGAUACACCAGGAUUUCGACGUCUUGAUGAUCAUGCAGAAGAAACACCCAGCCAUGGAAAUCAAAGUCUUUACAUGCAAGAGAAAUCAAAGAAGAAACUUAUUAUAAAAGAUGGAAAAAUAGUUGGCCGAACAAAAACUCAACGGAAAGAUAAAGGUAAGACCAGAUGUACUGCGUACAUGUUAUGGGCAAAAGAGGUACGUCAUCAAUUAUUUCAAAAUACGCCCAAUAUUGAUUUUUCAACAAUGUCAAAAAAGUUAGGUGAACUUUGGGCCACCGUGCCAAAUAAUAAAAAGUUCACUUGGCGUAAAAAGGCAAAGAGGCUCAACUCUAAAACAUCCAUACCAAUAAAUACUAAAUUUGCAAAUACAGGCAAAAAUAAUAAAUUUAUUAAUAAAAGAAGUCACCCAAAGAUGACAUCACCAUCGGCGUCACCACCAUCAUUACAACUUGGUGUACCAUCAGUUGUUGGCACAAAUAUACAAAUUUCACCACCGGAUCCAAAAAAAUUAGUGGGCGACAACACUACUUUAUUUAAGGUGUCUGGAACGCAGCCCGUUGAUGUAGCAGCUCAUCUAAAGUUACUAGGAGAAAGUUUAAUGAUUAUUGGUGAAAGGUUAAAAGAACACGAGGGACAGAUUGCAGUAUCUGGCAGCUUAUCUGUACUACUAGACUCCUUGUUAUGUGCUAUGGGUCCGUUAUUAUGUAUUACACAACAAGUACCAGAGAUUGGAGAACAUGGCAGUCCACCUGAACAAUUGGCGAAAACACUUGAUAAUAUUGCAUAUAUUAUGCCAGGACUUUAAAAUUUCUUAGGAUAUUAAAAACUUUACGACAUUGGAAAUUUUUUGUCUGGACGACGUCAUCACAGAUAUGGUGAGCAUAUUCAUUGUUUGAAAUAUAGUUUAUUUUGUAA